UUAGUCUCCACAAUCUCUCUCUGUCUCAGGUCCCUCUUCUCCUUCUUCUCCAAAAACACGCGCGCGCGCACUUGCUCGCUCUGAGAGCUGCUGCGAGAGGGAAAGAUGCAGGCAAUCGCAAGGCGAUUAGGGCGUCAUUCUUUGAAGCCUUCAGCAACAGCUGCGAUUUCAUCUUUUGAUUCAUCCUUUAAUCCUUACUUUCACCAUUACAAUGGUGCUGAUAAUCCGAGGUACGCAUCUAACCUUACCGCCAGAGGCACGGGACACAUAGUUCGCAAGGGAACUGGUGGAAGAUCGUCUGUUAGUGGGAUUAUUGCCACAGUAUUUGGAGCUACUGGGUUUCUUGGGCGUUAUCUUGUUCAACGGUUGGCUAAAAUGGGUUCUCAAGUUUUGGUUCCUUUCCGAGGCUCUGAGGAUUCUCAUCGUCAUCUCAAAUUAAUGGGUGAUUUGGGACAGAUUGUUCCUAUGCAAUACAACCCUAGAGAUGAAAAUUCAAUCAAGGCUGUAAUGGCAAAGGCUAAUGUUGUUAUUAAUCUUAUUGGGAGGGAGUAUGAGACUAGAAAUUACAGCUUUGAAGAAGUGAACCAUCACAUGGCUGAACAGCUUGCAAUGAUUGCUAAAGAACAUGGUGGUAUCAUGAGAUUUAUACAAGUUUCUUGCCUGGGUGCUUCUCCAUCAUCUCCAUCUAGAAUGCUAAGAGCUAAAGCUGCUGGCGAGGAAGCUCUUUUACAAGAAAUCCCUGAGGCAACAGUUAUGCGACCUGCUGCAAUGAUUGGUACAGAAGAUCGGGUUUUAAAUCCAUGGGCACAUUUUGCAAAAAAUUACGGCUUUCUCCCACUAAUUGGAGAGGGAACUACCAAGAUUCAGCCUGUUUAUGUUGUUGACGUGGCUUCUGCAAUUAUUGCGGCAUUGAAAGAUGAUGGUAGCUGCAUGGGAAAAGUUUAUGAACUUGGUGGACCGGAGAUUUUCACUGUCCAUGAAUUGGCAGAGCUUAUGUUUGACGUGAUUCGCGAAUGGCCUCGCUAUGUGAAGAUUCCUUUCCCUGUUGCUAAGGCAAUUGCAAUGCCUCGAGAAGUAUUGCUGAAGAAAGUUCCAUUUCCAAUGCCCACUCCUAGCAUAUUUAAUUUGGACGCAAUUGAAGCCCUUACCACUGAUACUUUAGUGUCAAAAGAUGCUUUAACUUUUGAUGAUCUUGGGAUUGCACCACAUAAGUUGAAGGGGUAUCCCGUUGAGUUUCUUAUACAAUAUCGAAAAGGCGGUCCAAAAUAUGGUUCGACAGUUAGUGAAAAAGUAUCUCCUGAAUCUUGGCCGUAAGGAUUGUUGGAUCUUAUUGUUUAAUCUUAUACCAGCCUGUUGUAAGGUGUGGGAUCGGUAAAUUUGGCCUUCAUUCCUUGAGCAACUGAUGAAGGAAUGAGUACUUUUGAUGAAGAAACUCUCUGCAGUUUUUGGUAACCAGGUUAAUAAUACACCUGUUCUGCUGGUCCAUUGAUGUAGCAGUUCAGAAACUGAUCAAUUUAGCUUUGGACAGAAGGUUUCAAGAGAUAUUAAUUUAAGUUGAGACAGGUUCGGUAGAAUUAGCGUAUUCCAAAAGAGAUGGUGCGACUUUUUCAGUUGUUAAAAAUGAGGCUGGUGCUUUUCUGUGCCUGGUUGUACUACAUUGUUUGAUAAAAAGGAAGGACUGUGUUUUUUGUGCUGGUUAAUGUUACUUUUUCGCUAUGCUUACCUGA